AUGGGUCCUCCUCGGCGCACAUGUUCUCCGCCAUCGCGCUUUCCCCCCGUCUCCCGCCUCCGCCUUCCGCUCCGCCUGCUCUCCCCCAACAAUCUCCUGCUAUGCGUGCUCGCGUCAGUCGUCCUCUCCGCAUCGCGCGCCGCAGCAUACGGCGCUCCGGGAAGCGCAAUGGCCACAUUCUACGGCGGGCCCGACGCGUCAGGGACUUGGGGUGGUAACUGCGGUUACGGCAAUCUCGUGCAAUCUGGUUACGGCAUCCUCGUCGCCGCGGGGAGCCCCCCGCUUUACAAGGGCGGGAAUGGAUGCGGCGCAUGCUACCGCAUAUCGUGUACCAACAGCACGUAUUGCAAUAAGGGCGUAUCCAUCGUGGUUGCGAUAACGGAUCUCUGCCCCGGCGGGGGUUGGUGCUGCCCCACCUGUCGCCACUUCGACUUGAGCGAACCUGCUUUCAUCGCGAUUGCGAACCGCGCUGCAGGCUUCGUUCCUCUCGCCUACGAACAAGUGCCAUGUGUAUUCUCCAAUAACAUUCGCCUCACCGCUACCGGAUCGCCUUUUUGGCUGAACCUCUUGAUUCGCCAAGUCGCGGGUCCCGGCGACCUUUCGCUAGUCGAAGUGAUGGACUCAAAUUCGCCUACGUGGAGACCAAUGCGACACGACUGGGGUGCGAACUGGGUGUACGAAUCUUUCCUUCAGGCGCCGCUCAAGUUUCGCCUAACUUCGCUCACGGACAACCAGCAGGUGGUUACCACACCCAACUGCCUCCCGGCUGGUUGGAUUCCGGCGAAGGACUACGACUGCAACAUUCAGUUUUCGUUCCCUGGCGACGGGAUGGAUGGUAACCACGGGGGCCCACACGGCGACGGAAGCGGAUUAUCAGAUGCCGCUCCCAGGAAUCGAACCAAGGUCAUUCACCCCAAGAAAAACAAAAAGUCUCCAGCUAAAAGUCCAGGCACCCCCCAGAGUCCGGGCAGCCCCAAAACUCCCGGCAAUCCGAAGUCCCCCAGCACCCCAAAGUCCCCGGGUAAAUCACCCAGCAAGCCUCCUGCGACUAAUUCACCUGGCAAAUCGCCUGCCAAACCUCCUUCCAAAUCGCCGCCGACUAAGAACGGCAACAACGGAAGCAAGGGCAACAAGAGCGGGAACAACAACGGGAACAACAACGGCAACAAGAAUGGCGGAAGCAAGAACACCAAUAAAGGCAACAAGAACGGAAGCAACACAAACAACGGCGGUGGCAGCAGCAGUGGUGGGGACAAGCAGGAAGGAGGGCAUCCGCCUUACGUUGGGCAUCAUCCCGACGGGGUGGGCCACAGACCUGCAGGUGUGGGUCACCACAAGCCUCGGAACGGAGGCUCGGCAUCAGCUUCGGCGGUGGUUGUAGUUGGGCACCAUCCCGAGGGAGUGGGCCACAGACCUGCAGCCAUGACGACGAAAGUCUACGUAAUUUUCUAUUCCAUGUAUGGCCACGUGGCUGCAUUAGCCGAAGAAAUCAAGAAGGGUGCAGAGUCCGUGGAGGGGGUCGAAGUCUCCAUCUUUCAGGUUCCCGAGACUCUCUCUGAGGAUAUCCUCGCUAAGAUGCACGCUCCGCCAAAGCCGGACAUUCCGUCAAUCGACGUGCACAACCUCCCGGAAGCGGACUGCUUCCUCUUCGGCUUCCCCACCCGCUACGGCAUGAUGGCUGCUCAAAUGAAAGCCUUUUUCGACGCAACUGGCAGUUUAUGGAGAACGCAGGCGCUGGCCGGCAAGCCUGCUGGUUUCUUCUUCAGCACGGGCUCGCAAGGAGGCGGCCAGGAGACCACUGCGCUAACUGCCGUGACGCAGCUGACACAUCAUGGUAUGCUCUUUGUUCCCAUUGGCUACACCUAUGGCGCCAACAUGUUCGUUCUGGAUGAGGUGAAGGGAGGGUCGCCCUAUGGAGCAGGCACUCUGGCCGGGGAUGGUACUCGCCAGCCCACACAGAUAGAGCUGGAGCAGGCGUUUUAUCAAGGCCAGUACACUGCUAAGAUUGCGAAGAAGCUGAAGAAGGGUUCUGAAUAA